AAAAAAUUGUCUUAUCAGUUGCUGGAACCAUUGCUUUAAUAUUAGUCUCUUUCAUUAUAGGAAUGCUAUGGAGGCAUAAACUUUCAAGAAAACUAUUGCAUCCUUCAAACCUUCUUUUGCAAAGACUGGACUAUCCAAAAUUUUCUUAUCAAGAUCUUCUCAUUCAAACAUCUGGAUUUGAUGAGUCAAACUUGCUUGGUGUGGGUAACUUUGGAUCAGUCUAUAAAGGCAUUUUGAGGGCUGGUAAGAUAGUUGCCAUCAAGUCUCUUAAUUUGCAUGAUGAAGAGUCUCAUAAGAGCUUUAGCACAGAAUGCAGAGUGUUAGGGAGGAUUAGGCACCGCAACCUCAUCAGAAUCAUAAGUGCGUUUUACUGCCCUAGCUUGAAAGGUUUGGUUCUUCAAUAUGCAUCAAAUAGAAGCUUGGAAAAGCAUUUGCACCCUGACAGAGAUGAUCAGGACUUCUUUGAAUUGGGAUUGAAUGAGUGUUUGAGAAUUGCUAUAGAUGUAUCCCAUGGCAUGGAAUAUUUACAUCAUGAUUGUCCUUUGCGAAUUGUUCACUGUGAUUUAAAACCCAGCAAUGUGCUCUUGGAUGCCAAUAUGACAGCCCUUGUGACUGAUUUUGGCAUAUGCCGUUUAAUUGCUACUCCAAACACCACAGAUUCACUGAGUACAACAACAUUUGCACUUAAAGGAUCUAUUGGCUAUAUUGCUCGAGAGUAUGGAUUGGGCGGGAGUGUUUCAAUAAAGGGAGAUGUUUAUAGUUAUGGAAUUCUGAUAUUAGAGAUGGUUACAAGGAAGAGGCCAAGUGAUGACAUGUUUGUGGGAGACCUGAACUUGCAAAACUGGGUGAGGUCCGCUUUUCCAGAUAGAGUGGCAGAUAUUGUUGAUAGUAGGCUGCUGAGAGAUGUGAAUGCAAACAUGGAAGAGAAUCAAUUUCUUCUUUCUUUCAUUCACGUUGGUUUGCUAUGCACCAAUGAAUCGCCAAGAGAACGACCCUCCAUGAGAGAUGUAACCAGGGCCUUGGAGAACCUUAAGACAUCUUUGUCAGGAAAUGUAGUUUCUUCCAAAUUGACAUCUUCUAUAACAGACCUCCUACGCAAAACCAAUCCCACUGCAUUAUCAGCAUCAGAUAGUCAAAGUUCCACAUUUUAGAUGUUUCGAGCUCAAACAAGUACUUUUAGUGUUAUAUGUUGGCUAUAAAUUUAUCUAUCUUGUACAAGUUUGCAUACUGUCAUGCAAAAUGCUCGGGUUAUAUUUUAUUUCAUUAAAUGUUUACACACACAUAUACAUAUAUAUCGCAAAAUGUGUAAUAUAUUAUCUUAACUUUGGCAAUUAUUUUUGCAAUAUGCAGAAUUUAAAGAAAUUGCUAUAGCAACUAUGAAAUACUCAUGUCCAGAGAGAAUAAGCUAUGAGCAAGAAUAUGGAGGUUGUCUAUUUCCAAACAUAUUUG